AUUGUUUAGAUGCUUCAAAAAAUUAGAAGCUGAAUUUAUUAAUUAGUCUUAAUUUCAUUUACGCCGUAAAAAUGAAAGAUAGAAGGUAAAGUGAAAAGCCUCGAAGCUCGAAAUUGAGAGUGGGGUGUAGUUAUGCUUCACUCAUCACGACACAUUACAGAAUUCGCAACAAACAACUACACUUGAAUUGAACUUGAAAACAAACAAGGAUUAUGAUCUCUGUGUUAAUCACUUCCUCUUCAUUCUUCUUCUAAGUUACCAUAUGCAGUUAUUCCAUUUUCAUUACCACUACCACACAUGGAUAUGAAAGGAAAUCUUUAUUACAAGAGAAAAUCUCACACUACAAAACCAGUAUCAAACACUGUUAUUAGCGAUAGAAAAUUCCUCAUUGACUUCAUAAUCAAAAAUUACCUAGGACCUGAUGUUAAUUCUGAUAAUCCAAGAUGUUCAUCACAUCAAAGACUAAUUUCAGGAUUACAGCCAUAUAGUUUAAAUGAUUUAGGAUCUUCUUAUGUUACAGUUUCUCUAUUAGAGAAGCUAUAUUAUUAUCUCCUUAGAAAUGCUCUUCCUAACCUAAUAUUAGACCUCAACAUGUUUCAUAUGUAUUUAAAGGGAAAUUUGUACUUGCCCAAUUCUGAAUUUUCAGAGGGUAGUCAACAAUUUACAACUGUUUUCCCUUUGGAACUUCAUCAACAGAUAUGGUACCCUGAUAGCUUUAGGAUUGUUAAAGGUGUUGUUUUGAUCGACAAUCCUGUUUUAUCGUCGUGUGUUAAAGAGGAGGAUUUGAAUAGAUUCAGGUUGUUAACUGGUGUUGAUAGUUUUAAGUUGGAUGUAAGUGAAUGUCUUUGUGUUCGGAUUCAACCUCCAUUGAGUGAUAGUGAUUGUGUUGGAAAAUUGUCGGAAGAGAGUAUUCCGAAUGAAGGGUGUGGAUUGGAAAAGUUUCGACAAGAGUGUAAAAGAAAGUAUGUUGAUGAUGGUGAUACUUCGUCAAUGCCGGAAUUUCCCCAUAUUGUUGAUGGAGAUCCUUCUUCUGACAAGACGUGUGAAUCGGAUGGGCCUUCGAUGAUGUCCCUUAUCCCAAUACCUGACAUUGACGAUUAUGUUCAAGAUUCCUCUGUUGUUUUAACAGGGACAGCUAAAAGAGGGAUACUUGGUCCAUCGGUUGGUGUUGUGGAUAUCGGUAUUAGUAAAGUGGCUUAUCUAUUUCGAGUUUCCUUACCGGGUGUCAAGAGAGAGUUCAAUGAGUUCAGUUGUGAUAUUGAAUCUGAUGGGAGGGUUGAGAUCAAAGGGAUGUUAUCUGGUGGAAUAACUAUCGCAAAACAGUCACGUAUUUUCCAGAUGAAAACACAGCAGUUAUGCUCUCCUGGACCAUUCACACUUUCAUUCAGUCUUCCAGGACCUGUUGAUCCAAGACUCUUUGCACCGAACUUCAGGUCUGAUGGAAUAUUUGAAGGAGUUGUAAUCAAAAUCUAGUUUUGAGCAUAUAGCUUUUGUAAGUAACUCUAGAAGUUCCGCAAGUGCGAUAAACAAAUUUCUGUUUCUUUUUUGCUGUAUUGCACCAGAUGCUAAUGUCAUUUAGAUUGACACUGAGCUAGUUUUGUUUAUCUAACUUAUAAGGAAAUAGAAUGAUCUAGAGUUAGUUUAGUACUCGUGAUUAUCAAAUAGAGAUUCAAAUUGUGAAUCAAAAGACCUAUUUUUUGAAUGCCGAAACAAAUCUAGUACAAAGUUGACAAAAAAAGUGGUUGACUAA